UUCGCGGCCUCCGUGUCCACCAGGUCGCCCGCCGCCAUUUUGCGUGCCGGCCCGCCAUGGCGCCCAAGUGCGACGCGUUGACCCCGGACGAUCUGCGCAAGAAGCUGUACCAGACGUUCCGGGACCGCGGGGUGCUGGACGCGCUGAAGACGCAGCUCCGGAACCUGCUGGUGCACGAGCUGAUGGGCCCGGUGCUGCGCGGGGAGCUGCGGCCCCGCUCGGUCCCCGUGGAGGGCAGCGCCCUGCUCCUGGGAGCCUCCAACGCGCUCGUGGCCGACCACCUGCGGACGUGCGGCUACGAGUACUCGCUGUCGGUGUUCUUCCCCGAGAGCGGCUUGGCCAAAGAGAAGGUCUUCACUAUGCAGGAUCUGCUACAGCUCGUCAGAGUCGACCCCGCGUCCCGGCUCUACGAGUCCCUGAUUUCUGGAGUUGACAAAGAAAAUAGAAAAGGUUUCCUCGUGGAAUUCCUGAGAGAACUGGCGGAGCAGCACCAGGCCCGAGAGACCCGCGCCGUGGCGACCCAGACGGACGCGCCCGCGCCGGACAAGGACUCUCUCGCCGAGAAGCUACAGCUGAUCGACGACGCGUUUGCGGAUCAGCGCGCUCAGCGUCCGAGGGCGGAGUCUUUGGAGACAAAAUUGAACGAAUACAAGAGAGACGUCGAGGAGCGGCUGCGGGCGGAGCUGGGCCAGCGGCUGAGCUACCUGAGAGAGACCGAGAUCGCAAAGAUCAAGAUGGAGGAGAAGCGGAGGCACGAGAAGGCGUUGGCCGAGGUCCGGGCUGGACUGGAGACGGCCUGGCGCGCGAAAUCCGCGUCCCUCGUCGCCCGGGAGAAGGAAAUGGUCGAGAGCGUCAGGAGGCACCAGGAGAUUGAAGCCAAAGAAAUUUAUGCCCAGAGGCAGCUUCUGCUGAGAGACAUGGAGGUGCUGAGAGGGCGAGAGGCGGAGCUGAGGCAGCGGGCCGAGGCCUUCGAGCUGGACCGGAGGCUCCAGGAGGAGAACAGCAGACGCGCGGGCGACGCGCUCGGGCGCCGGGAGCAGGCGGUGCAGCGCGCGGAGGAGACCUUCGACCAGCGGCUCCGGAGCGAACUCCUGCGGUGUCAGCUCGAGCUGAAGGACGACCACAUCGCUCGCACCCGGCGGCUGCUGGAGGAGGAGCAGAAGAACAGAGAGAAAGCCGUGCGCCUGCAGGAGGAGCUCGCGGCUGUGAGUGCGGAACGGGAGGAGCUCGGCCGAUCCCGAAGUCGCGUGAGGGAGCUGGAGCUCGAGCUGGAGGCUCUGAGGGCCCAGGUGUUGACGCUGACGGAGCAGAACCGCGCACUGAGCGAACGGGUCCAGGACACGCGCGAUCACUCGCGGCUGAGAGAGGAGAAACGGGAGCUGCAGGCACAGAACCGGUCGCUUCGCCAGCAGCUGGAGGACGGCAGGCGGGAAAACGCGCGUCUCCUGAGCCGCAUCGCUCAGCCGGCCCCCGAGCUCCUGAUGUUCCAGGAAGAACUGAAGAAGGCGGAGGACGCGGUCGCCUCGGAGCACAAGCAGUUCGAGGCGCACAGGCAGGCGCUCCAGACCCAGCUGCGGAGCGAGGUCGAGCGCUCGGCGCGGCUGCAGGCCCAGGUGUCGGACUAUGACGUCGCCGUGCGGAGGUUGACCGCCCGCGUGGCCGAUUUGGAAUCCCAGCUGAAGGACACGCAGGCAGCCCUGGAGAUCGAAGUGAACCGCGGUCCGGCGCCGCGUGUGCCCGGCCAUCCUGCCGGGGCGCUCACCGGGGCCGAGACGCCGCCUCCGCUCGGCGACAUGCGCGGCGACGUCCCCACCGGUCCCCUCUGGCAGCCGGAGGUCAUGGCCGCCGCUCCGAGCACCGCGUGGCGUCCGGCGUCGGAGGGCGGCUCCCCCGACUCCGACCUGGAGUUUGUGGCGAACACCAAGGCCAGGGUGAGGGAGCUGGAGCGCGAGGCCGACCGUCUGGACAAGGCCUUCCGGAGCUACCGCCGGCGGGCGCCGAGAAAACCGCCCAUGUCCCCGCCCAUGAGCCCGGCCCCGCCCACCAGCCCGCCCAAGAGCCUGGCCCCGCCCACCAGCCCGCCCAUGAGCCUGGCCCCACCCACCAGCCCGCCCAAGAGCCUGGCCCCGCCCACCAGCCCGCCCAUGAGCCUGGCCCCGCCCACCAGCCCGCCCAUGAGCCUGGCCCCGCCCACCAGCCAGACCAAGAGCCUGGCCCCGCCCACGAGCCCGCCCCCGCCCACCAACCCACCCAUGAGCCUGGCCCCGCCCACCAGCCCACCCACGAGCCGGGCCCCGCCCACCAGCCCGCCCUCCCUGCGCUCCGGGCUCCUCUCGUCCACGCCGCGGCCGGAAGCAAAGAGAAGCCUCGGGGAGGAGACGGAAGGUCAGCGCCGAUCACACAUGGCCGCCCCCAGCCCCUGUCUGCACAAAACACCCCGGCCGGCGCCCGCCGAAGCCAGCCACAGCCCCUCCGUCCGGCCCCCUGCCGGCCCUGCAGAGGACCAGAUCCGGGUCGACCCCAGACAGACCGAGCCUGAAGCAGACGCGGAGUUUUCGGACUCGGACGGGAACGUUUCCAAGAACAGUGAGGAACCGGAGUCGGCCUGUGGCUAUCAGACACAGAUCGGAGACCAGGAGGAAGACGACGAAACGCGGGAACAGGGGCGGCGAGGAGAACCGAGGCGCGGUGACCCCAAAGACGCUGUGGAGAGGGAGCGGAGAGAACUGGAGAGACUGGACCGGCAGAGGCGGAUGAUCGAGGAGUCGUUGAACAUUGAAACGGAAAAGGAAUUAGAAACGAGUGGUGUGGACGCGGAGGACGGAGCUGGGCGUGGCGACGGCCCCUUAGAGAAGUACAUGCGGCUCCUGCAGCGCGGGCGAGAGCGGCAGUCACGUGACCAGAGCCCAGAAGACACCGUCAAAGGCGGCUCCUCCCCAGUGGAGACUCUGCCGUCCGGGGAGCACGAGGAGAGCUCCGCAGGCUUCUCCCGCGACGAAACCGAGGACUUGUGGUGAUGCCGUCGGCUGGUCCUCCCGCGGGUCUCUGUGCUCGCACACAAUCCUCAAUAAAGAUGUGGAGAAA